UCUCGAAUCGAGCUAAUCUUCACCGUUUUCUCCACUCCAAUCACCAAGACUCCAAUCGAGCUUAUCUUGAUCCUCCUGCUAAUCAGUGCAUAGCCAGAGCACCAGUUUCAAAAAAAUUGCUUGGCCGGAGCACAAGGUGGCCGGCCGCGCGCGGGAGAAUCAAAGACGAUGCAGCCAUGCACACGCCUCUCUCACCUCCUCGUCGCCCUCGUCGUGCUUCUUCUUGUCCCGCCUUCGUCCACGCAGCCGCAUGAGCUCCAAGAAGAGGACGAAGGCCUGCGCGAGAGCUUCCUGCUCUGCAUCUCCCGCCUGUCGCCGGGCACCGACGACCCGUCCGAGCUCGUCCACUGGCCGGCGGACGCCUCCUACCGACCCCUCCUCGCCUCCACCAUCCAGAACCUCCGUUUCGCCUCGCCCCGGACACCGAGGCCGUUGCUGCUCGUCACGCCCAGGAGCGUCCCCGAGGUGCAGGCGUCCGUGGCCUGCUGCAAGGCCCACGGCCUCACGGUCCGCGCCCGCAGCGGCGGCCACGACUACGAGGGCCUUUCCUACCGCGCGCUCCGUCCCAGCGGAGGCCGCCGGUUCGCCGUCGUCGACGUCGCCGCGCUCCGGGCGGUGCGGGUCGACGCGGCGCGCCGUGAAGCGCGCGCUGAGCCUGCGGUCACACUCGGGGAGCUCUACUACGCGGUGGCAAAAGGGAGCGACGGGGCGCUCGGCUUCCCCGCCGGUAUCUGUCCCACGGUCUGCGUCGGUGGGCACCUCAGCGGGGGAGGGUUUGGCCCGAUGAUGCGCCGGCACGGCCUCGCCGCCGACAACAUCGUGGACGCCGAGGUGGUGGACGCGGAGGGGAGGCUGCUGGACCGGGAGGCCAUGGGGGAGGACCUCUUCUGGGCGAUCAGGGGCGGCGGCGGCGGCAGCUUCGGCAUCGUGGUUUCUUGGACCGUGAGGCUGGUCCCCGUCCCGAGCGUCGUUUCCGCCUUCACCGUCCGCCGGCUAGUUCGGCGAGGAGGCGAGGACGAAGAGGCUGUGCUCCGUCUUCUGACCAGAUGGCAGCUCGUGGCACACGCCCUCCCGGACGUUCUCUUCGUCAAGGCGGCCAUGGAGCCCAAGGUCGACGACGACGGCGAGAGGCGGCCGUUGGUGGUGUUCAAGUCACUCUUUCUCGGAAAUUGCAGCGGCAUGAUCUCACAAUUGAACAACCAUCUGCCUGAGCUAGGAAUCAAGCCGAGCGACUGCAGAGAGAUGAACUGGAUUCAGUCCAUGCUCUACUUCUACGGCUACACCAACGGCCAACCUGCAGAAGUGUUUCUUGACAGAACGCUCCAACCCAAAGAGUACUACAAGGUCAAGCUGGACUACCUGACAUCGCCGAUUCCGACGGCCGGUCUAGCCGUACUGCUCGACAAGAUCGUCGACGACAAGGGCGGCUCGAUCGACAUCGACCCACAGGGCGGGAGGAUGAGCGAGAUACAGGAGUCCGACACGCCGUACGCGCACCGGCGAGGGUACCUCUACAACGUCCAGUACUUCGUCAAGUGGGGAGGUGACAAGAACGUGUCUUCUCAGGAGGAGCAUUUGGGUUGGGUCAGGGGUGUGCAUCAGCUCAUGGCGCCCUACGUGAGCAAGAGGCCUAGAGCUGCAUACAUCAACUUCAGGGACCUGGACUUGGGGCAGAACGUUGAGGGCAACACGACCUAUGAGGACGCCAGGGUGUGGGGAGAGAAGUACUUCAGGGGGAACUUCAGGAGGCUGGCAAUGGUGAAGGGUGAGGUGGAUCCUGAGCAGGUGUUUUGGAGUGAGCAGAGCAUCCCUCCCCUUGUUGUGGCAAAAAGGAAGAGGCCCAGGCAGGUUGGAUUGGUUUCAGAGAUUUGACACUUCAGACGUUCAGAUGCUGGUUUGGGUCCCUUGCCCGUCUGUGUACGCGUGUUGUUUUUUCGAUAAAAAGAAUAUUAGUAUUACGAAAAUACCAAUUACACUUAGUCUCUACCUCAAUGAGAUGUACUCCCUCCGUUCUAAAAUGUAAGACGUUUUGGACUUUUUCCGACCAGGUGAAAAACGUGUAAAUUUACAAUUGUACCCUCCUCAAUCUGGAUCGCCUUCCCCGCA